AGAGUUUUGAAGCGUCCUAGCAAAGACAACGUUUGAACCAUGGCAGGAGAAGAACCGGCACCGGUUGCGUUCUUCAAGCGUGGGAAAAAGGGAUUGGCGAAUCAACGAAAACGAAUACGGCUGUCCGAUGAUGAAGAUGACCAGCCAGACAAGGUCACAGAUGCUGCAACUGUUGCACGAAAGCUACGAGAAAAGACCAGCGGAGCGUUCACCUCAACUACUGCAAGUAAAAAGCGAAAGGAGGAAGCUGAUAUUUCAGGGGCCGAUGAGAGGUCGGUUCUCGACGUUGCUUAUGCCGCGAGUGGGACGGCAGCGUCGCUGAGCGCGGACAUGGCGACCCGUACGCUGGACGUUGACGGCAAGGAAGAUGUAGCGCCCGCAAAGGUGCUCGCUGGGGACGAAGCAGAGUCAGCAGAUAACAUAUACCGUGGACUCUCAGCAUACAAAGAGUAUGUGAACAAGCGCACGGAUACAGUCACACAAUCGAAUGCAUCACGUAUUCGCGCUGGCCCAUUGCGUGGAUCGACGAAUGUUCGUAUCAGUUGUCGAUUCGAUUACCAGCCCGAUAUUUGCAAAGAUUACAAGGAAACAGGGUUUUGCGGGUACGGGGAUUCAUGUAAAUUUAUGCACGACCGAGGAGAUUACAAGAGUGGGUGGCAGUUGGACAAGGAGUGGGAGGAGAAGCAGAAGCAGGAGAAUGAUCCAAAUCGGUUCUUGAUUACGAGUGAUGAUGAGAAAGACGAGGAUGAAGACGAGGAUGAAGACUUGCCGUUUGCAUGCGUGAUAUGUCGAAAUGAUUUCAAGGAACCUGUCGUUACAAAGUGCAAGCACUACUUUUGCGAAUCCUGCGCACUCAAACAUCACGCGAAAAGCCCAAAAUGCUUUAUUUGUGGAUCGGCGACUCAAGGACUGUUUGCGCCUGCCAAGGAGCUAAAAGCCAAACUUGAAGAAAAGAAGCGGAGAAUGGCGGAAAGGGAGGCAGAGAUUAGGGCUCAGCAUCAGGAGGAUAUGGAGGAUGAAGACGAGUCAGACUAGUUUGUAAUAACCGGCAGUUUUGUAUUUAUUUAUAUUUUUAAUCCUGUACAUAGUUGCGAUACUUUUCAUAUCCAGUCGUUGUAUUAACCUCC